AUGACUGCUUCACAUGAAGCGGGCAAUCAGAACUUAUUGUGUCUCAGACGCGAGGUCAGCUGUGUCGUUGCCGGCUGCCGUCUGCAAGACUCAUGUCCUAGACUUAACGACAUUAGCGCCGUUGUGCAUGAAUGCCGCCCGUUGUCUGACGUGGUCAUUGGUCAUCCAAUAAGUGGCUGUCGCAAAUUCGAUUCGGUGCCGUUGUACAAAGUCCGCUGGCAGCUAGAUUCAAAUUCGGUUGUGUUGACGGUCAGCAGCCAGCAGCAUUUCGUCAUCAGUGUUUCUAUCGGCCUCUGCCUCAGUACUCACUCUGGAAAGCCGUACACUUACGUAUUGCGAGUGCCUAAUUUUCACUCGCAUCGCUGCCAGCUGUCUUUGUCUUUUGUCGUCAGUGUUGAGGAUCGUUGA